AUGUCAGAAACUCUCAUUUACGCUGACCUGAACUUGCCUGAAUCAGCCAGACCCAGACUGCAGAUCACUGAUGUCCAAGGUUCUACAUAUGCACAAGUGAAAGUGCAGUCUCUAGACACAAAUCCUGAAGCUAGCUACACAUCAGCUGGUAAAAUAUGUUGCUCCAGAACAUGUGUGGCUGGACUGGUUGCUGUAAUACUCCUCCUGCUGGUCUUAGCAGUGUGUCUGAUACUCAUUUCCUGCCCCAAAAACUGGGAAAGAAAUGGGAAAAAAUGCUACUUCUUUCAUAAAACAAGUAAACGGAAUGGCUGGAAUGUCUCCCAUGAAGAGUGUACUAAGAUGGGUGCAAACCUGGUGGUCAUUGAGAACAAGGAAGAACUGGAUUAUCUUGCUUUACGAUCAGAAUGUUGUUACUACCUUCUUGGUCUCAGAUACUCUGAGAGCGAGGAGAAGUGGAAGUGGAUCAACGGUGUGGAACAUAGCACAGACAUGUUUGAAAUAAAAGGAGAGCCUGACUAUUUCUGUGCUGUCAUCAGAAAACACCAAGUAGAAAGGGCAUCUUGCACAGGAGACUCAACAACACAAAAUAUGUGUGAAAAAGCUGCAAGCAUUUCAUAA